GUAGAGCAUCAACAUCAUAAGAGAGAAGGGGGAUCUUACGGAAGACCUUUUGAAUCGCAGCCUUGGUCGUUAAACGGCUGUUAUCAAUCGUUUCGAAGUUAACGGAUAAAUUAAAUAGGAUUUAAACAUGACUUUAAGAGGGCCACUGUGUCGUCUCCUACGGACGCAACUCAACAAUACCUGUCAGAGCAGAGCGCAUUCUGUGGCUGUUUUAGGAGCACCAUUCUCAAAAGGACAGAAAAGGGGAGGGGUGGAAAAUGGACCCAAAGCCAUCAGAGAUGCUGGUCUGAUCGAGAGACUUUCACAUCUGGAUUACCCAGUGCAUGACUUUGGAGACCUGAGCUUCCAGCAUCUGGAGAAGGACGAGCCCUACAUGCACGUCCCCUUCCCUCGCACUGUGGGCAGAGCUAACAAACUGCUGUCAGGGGCCGUCAGCAACGCUGUGGGAGCCGGACACACUACCAUCAUGCUGGGAGGAGACCACAGCCUGGCCAUUGGUUCAGUGGAAGGCCAUGCCAAGCAGCGUCCUGACCUGUGUCUGAUCUGGGUCGACGCCCACGCUGACAUAAACACGCCCUUCACCUCUCCCUCAGGCAACCUCCACGGACAGUCGGUGGCCUUCAUGCUCAAAGAGCUGCAGAACAAGAUGCCAGAGCUCCCAGGCUUCUCCUGGGUGAAGCCCUUCCUGUCGGCUAAAGACCUGGUCUACAUUGGCCUAAGAGACGUAGACCCGGGAGAGUACGACAUCCUGAAGGACUUGGGUGUCCAGUACUUCACAAUGAGAGACAUCGACAGGCUCGGCAUCCAGAGAGUCAUGGAAGUCACUUUCGACCACCUCUUGUCAAGGAAGCAGCGGCCGAUCCAUCUGAGUUUUGACAUUGAUGCGAUGGACCCGUCUUUGGCCCCAGCCACAGGAACACCAGUGAACGGAGGUCUGACUUACAGAGAAGGAAUCUGGAUCACAGAGGAGAUCCACAACACAGGGUUGUUGUCAGUGAUGGACCUUGUUGAGGUCAACCCAGACCUGGGGGCGAGUCGUGAGGCGGUGGAGAGCACUGCUUCCAUGGCGGUGGACGUCAUCGCAUCCGCCCUAGGGCAGACCCGUGAGGGAGGUCCCAUCACCCAGGAGUCACAAACGCUUAAAGAGGACACGGAACAGCUCCGGCUCUAGAACACACAGCUUCUAGAACACACAGCUUCUAGAACACACAGCUUCUAGAACACACAGCUUCUAGAAGACUAAGAACUUUCAACAUGUGACCACUUGGCAUUCCUGAAUUCUAAAAGACUUUACCUACACACACUGAUGCAGUAGUUGGAAAGCCUUCUGUGUGUGUGGUGCUGUAUGGCAACCUGUUCAACAGACAGUCAAACUUCAACCAUGACUGAACUUGUAAUAACCAAUAAGCCCCAAUUAAAGGCUUUAUACGCCUUAUUUACUAAGAUGACUUGAAAAACUUAGCCUGGGCCCAGAUCUUUGCUAUCAUAUCAUCUGUUUGGCAGGACAAGGAAUCACACAAAAUAGUCACACAAACAGACUGGUACCCAGGCUAUAGAAAGCUCUCAUCUAAAAUGUCAACUGUAAUUGAUGUGAUCAGCUGGUCUCCCUGGCCUUUGGAAAGACAGCCUCCCUAGCUCCACUAGGGAAAUGUUGACUGUAUUUGACCGUGAUCAGCAGUGUGCCAUAGACAUAGUGAUCAGCAGUGUGCCAUAGACAUAGUGAUCAGCGGUAUGCCAUAGACAUAGUGAUCAGCAGUGUGCCAUAGACAUAGUGAUCAGCAGUGUGCCAUAGACAUAGUGAUCAGCGGUAUGCCAUAGACAUAGUGAUCAGCAGUAUGCCAUAGACAUAGUGAUCAGCAGU